UGACAGUGACAGCCAAGACAAAAAGGAAGUUUUCAAAAUCGGAAAUAUUAGCUUUUACAUUGUUCAAACCAGAGAAUUAGAUAAAUACAGUGUUUGUGUUACGUUCUUUUCGGAUUUUCCAGCUCGACUCAACGGGACUCCAUUCAUUUGGAGAAUAAAUUAAAAUCUGGAUAUUUACUCCUUUAAAACAUGGUUGGGAUAGAUGCCGAUAUUAACCACGAUGACGAAUGUGACAACAUUGGGCUCGGGUGCGCUUUGGAGCACUUUUCUGAGGUCGAGGACGUGUUAAACAUGAUCGAUAAUUUAAAAAAUAUUUACAACACUUCUUCCUUAGAAGUGGAAUAUGAUAAAUUAUAUGCUAUACUAAAACAAUACUAUGAGCAACCGCAUCUGCUCGAUCCGCACUUAGACAAGAUUUUAGCGAAGUUUAUUACCAUUAUCAAGGAUAAGGAAUCUCCUCUUAAAUUAAAACAUGCUACUUUCAAUUAUAUGUACCAGAUUAUAAGAGUAAGAGGAUACAAAGUGGUUGUGAGACAUCUUCCUCAUGAGGUUUCUGACUUGCUGUAUGUUCUCACAUUCCUGGAAGCUGAAGACCCUAACAAUAAGGAGACAUGGCGCAGCAGAUUUGUGCUGCUCCUGUGGCUGUCCAUCGUGGUCAUUAUACCGUUUCACAUGAGUCGGCUGGAUGGAUUUGCACCUGGACAACCUGAUGCUGGUACAUCAAAGAAGUUGACAGUUAUGGAGAGAAUCCUGAAUAUUUGCAAGACUUAUGCUAUGAGCAAAGACUCCUCUGCUGAAGCUAGCGCUUACCUUGCAUCCAAGUUCCUUGUCAGGUCAGAUGUAAAAGAGCUAUACAUGGGCGCAUUCUUUGACUGGGCCUGCCAACUACAUUCCAACAUACAAGACGAAGACAACAUCCACUACGGUGUUCUAGCGGCUGUGGCAGCCGUACUCAAGCACGGAAAGAGGGAUGACCUCCUGCCGUUUGCUUCUAAACUGCUGGAGUGGGUGACUAGGCAGAAUUAUCAGCAACACAAGUUCAUGCUUGUGAGGAAGUAUGGUGUGAAGAUUGUGCAAAGAGUCGGGUUGACAUUCCUUCGGCCUCGCGUAGCGGCGUGGCGUUACACCCGCGGCUCACGGUCACUCGCCGUGACUUUAGGAGCCGCAUCAGCCGCCGCUGGCGACACAGAACCGCUCCCCAUACCUGAGGAUGACGAUCAGGACAUUCCACAAGAGGUGGAAGACAUGGUAGAACUCCUUCUCUGCUCUCUCCGCGACGAAGACACCGUCGUCCGCUGGUCCGCCGCUAAGGGCAUCGGCCGCAUUGGAGCGCGGCUGCCCGCACCCGCAGCCGCUGACGUGUGCGAGUGUGUCCUGUCGCUGUUCGUGCAUAAUGAGAGGGAAACCGCUUGGCAUGGCGGUUGCAUGGCGUUAGCUGAAUUAGCCCGCCGCGGCCUCCUCUCCCCGGUGCAGCUGGGCGCGGCGGUGACGGCCGUGGUGGCCGCGCUGCGCCGCGACGAGCCGCGCGCCGGGGGGGGCGGCGGCCGCGCCGCGCGCGACGCCGCCUGCCACGCCGCCUGGGCCGUGGCGAGGGCGUACGACGCGACCCAGCUCGCUCCACACGCAACGCUGCUGGCCAAUGCGCUUAUAGCGACCGCGUGCUUCGAUCGAGAGAUAAACUGCCGCCGAGCAGCCUCGGCAGCCUACCAAGAGAACGUCGGUCGCCACGGCAUGUUCCCGCACGGCAUCGAUGUUCUCACUACAGCUGACUUCUUAACUGUUGGAGUGAGAAGCAACGCGUAUUUAGUGGUGGCGCCACAGGUCGCUCGCUUUGAAGAAUACACUCGUCCAUUGGUCGAUCAUCUCGUCGAACUCAAAGUGGAGCAUUGGGACUGCGCGGUCAGAGAAUUGGCAGCUAAAGCUCUCAACCGGCUUACUGAAAAGAUUCCGGAGUAUGUCGCGACGGUAGUAUUACCGCAACUGGUGAAGAAAACUGAAUCCAUCGACUUGAACGUGCGCCAUGGAGCGAUUCUUGCUAUUGGUGAAGCUUAUAGUGCGCUAUCUCAGGCACAGCUUUCUAAUGGUAACUCUGCCUCCACUCUGAUAUCGUCCGAAGUUGACGAAGACAUACGAGACUUGGUAGCCAAGCUGCGUUUAAAGCAGCAGUUCCGAGGGUUGGGAGGCGAGCUGAUGCGGCAGGCGUGCUGCCACUGCAUCGGGCAGCUGGCGGUGGCUGGUGCCCCGUACCAUGGACAUGAGACUAUUGACGAAUGGCUGAACCUAAUCGAAGAGUGCCUCGCUCACGAAGUGCAAAACAUCCGAGAGAAGGCCAUCUCCGCGUUCCCGCUAGUAUUCGACCAGUACCUCCGCGAAGACAACACCGUGUAUGGUGACAUGACUGCGAAGCAGAAGCGAGUGGUACUGAUGGAGCGAUAUUGCGAGCAAUUGGGCAACACUGGCGUCAGCGGGCUUGUGCUGCGGAUGGGAUAUGCGAGGGCUGUUGGAUCUCUUCCAAAAUUCGUUUUAUCGGAAUACCUGCCCAACGUGAUCCAAUCUCUAAUAGACUGCACGAAAGUUACCGAAACCACACAGAAGUGGGCCGAGGCGCGACGCGACGCUGUAGUGGGGCUUACCGAAGUGUGCCAGACUAUGGGGAUAAUCGAUGGCGUGGAGAAAUAUGUGCCAAUCAUUAUAGAGGCGCUGUUACACUGUCUAUCAGAGUAUACGAUUGAUAUGAGAGGCGAUAUUGGAGCGUGGGUCAGAGAAGCUAGCAUGAGUGGUCUACUGUCGAUCUGUCGUCAAUGCGCCGUGGAGGCUCCACACCUAAACUCCCCGGACGUAGUGAGCGCUGUAGCUUGUGGCGUGGCGCAACAAUCCGUAGAGAAGAUCGACCGGACCCGCGCGCACGCUGGACGGAUAUUCACGUCGCUCAUAUACAAUGACCCGACCAUCACAAACAUUCCACACCACGACGCCCUAAAACGCAUUUUCCCGCCCGAAGAGGUGGAACUGAAGCCCCAAGUGCAGAACGAAGAUGCGCCAACCAGUGAGAACACUAAUGUGGUUCUGUGGCUGUUCCCUGGGCAUACUAUGCCUAGGUUUGUUCAACUGCUAAACUACCCGGCGUAUAGAUAUAGUGUGAUUAAGGGACUGGUGGUCAGCGCUGGAGAAUUGACUGAGAGCUUGGUAAAACACACGACGCAGUCUCUCUUCGCAUUUUUAAACACACUGCAUUCUGAUAAGGAAAUGCUGAAAUCGAUCUGUGACACGAUUAUUAAAGUUUUCGCUGAUAAUAUCAACGUGAAGAGAAUCACCACGGCGAUAUUCAACUUUUUGGACAGGCUGUUAAGUUCAGGUGCUGUAUCGCCAAUAUUAGAAGAUCCGGAAUCUACGUUUGCUUCUGAUAUCCUCAAGUAUCUAUUAAUAGAGCUACGAGGCGGGAAAAAUAUCUACAAACUGCUAGAUUCAAUCAAUGUCCUGUGUCAGUUAAUUCAGGUCGGCGGCACAGUAUGCAGCAAAUCCCUAGGCCAGCUAGUAAUAUAUUUGUGCUACGCUGACCGCUACGUUCGACGCUGUGCUGCCGCGCGGCUGUACGAAGCUCUCACACUGUACGGAGACGAGAGUUCUGUGCCUGACGAUAAUAUUGAAAAGGUAAUGACGAUUCUCGAACAAACCGACUGGGAGAAAGACGUCACCGAAUUGCGACCAAUCAGGAACGAGAUAUGUGAUCUCAUGGGCAUCAAGCGGCCAGUUAUGAAGCAAAAAGCACCUUAAACCUUACUCGAUAAGGUCUGAAUUUUAACUUUACUAAGCAAGAGGCGUUUUGGUUAAGCCAAAGUGGUGCUUUAGUUGCAGCUAGUGCCUUUACAAAUAUUUCGUGUCAUUUACGAU